ACUACUCACUCAUCUUUCUUUACACAGUCCUUUGGAGUAAUUAGUUGGAAACUAUUUUCAAUAGCGUUAUUCAAUAACCUUGAGCAUUUAUCGCUAAUCUGUGGCUUUGUCUGUCACUGUCAAAGUCAAACUGUCAAUAAAUGUCGGCGGUCAAUUUGCUUUGUUUGUUGAAUCGUUUUUCAGCAAUAUUUUCCAAAUUUUAAUCUAAUUUAGCAUCUUCUAUUUGUUUGUUUUUGUCAGAAUUAGUAAGAUUUUGAUCAUACAGUGUUGUUAGAUUUAAAUAAGGAGGUUUUGUGUUAUAUUUAUUACUUGUAGUUUACGUGUUUACAUAAACCUAUAUUUACCUCUUUCUGAAAAGGAUUUUAAUAGAAAUGGCAGAGAUUUUCGUAGAAUAUGAAAAGACGGACAGUGGAAGUCGGGUCUGCAGGCCUACACUAGCACAAGUGAAAGCAGUGGUUGAUUUUAUGCAAAAGCACCCAGACUUAGCCCACCGAAAACUGAGGUAUGGUGUUAGUCACCAAAAGUUCAAAAAACUAUGGAUAGAGUUAGCCAACAUUGCUAAUUCAAUCGAUGGUGCUGCUAAAUCGACUAAAGGCUGGAUCAAAUUCUGGUCAGAUAAAAGGCGAAGUAUCAUGAUCAGACAAAAACAGAUUGAGCAAGGAAAGAUACAGGGCAAGCUGUCACCAUUGGAACAAAAAAUCCUAGACCUCUGUGAAAGCAAAACUACAUCAACUAGAAAGAAAAAAGGCGUAAAACAGGAGCCACUCAAUGGUGAUGAUGAUAAUGACUCCCUUGAUGAUGACCUUUCAAAGGAUGAUGAUGAAUUGGACAAUUUAUUUGGGAGUGAAAAUGAUGAGCGACAAUUAAAUAUGAUGGAAAAACUGGUAGAUGUGAUGGGUCAGCAGGCAGCAGCUAUGACGCAGAUGGCCCAAGCUCAAAUGGAUAACUCAAAGUCACUAGAAAGGUUGGCAGAAGCCUCACACAUACAGGCAUUGGCAGUGGACAGAUUGGCUGGCACAUUCGAAACUAUAACAUCAACAGUACAUGAUGUCAGGAAUGCUCUUCUCGGCAUCGACUACACAAUGAAGAGGUGCUACCCUGCAACGGCAACACAGCGGCAGAAUUCUAAUAUAUUCAGCUAGAAUAAAAUCUACCAUAUUUAUUUGGCACUGAUAUGAACAAUAUGGGGAAAUGAGUGGCCCUUGUGGUCGCCGUUUUAUUUGUUAUAAGAAUAAGAGUAAUGAUUUAAAUAACAGUAUUAGUGGAUGUUCGAUCUCUAGUCUCUACAUCAGAAAAUUACAAAUAUUAGGUGAUAUCUAAGUAACUAUCAUAAAAUUCGAGUAGUCUGCUUGCAAUUUCUACUUAGUUAACAACUAUGAAGUAAUAUCACAGAAUAAUAAUAAGUAGUAAUUCAUAUAUUGAUUUCAAUUUCAAGAUUAGAAGCGUUAAUAAAAUUUUCGCACUGAUUGUGGACUUCGCUGGUAGACUACUCAAAUGUACUAAUGUAAGAAAGAGUGUAUCAAUAAUUUUAUCUGAGCUAUUGCAAUAACAAUUUAUGUAUUAUUGUGAUCAUAAUCUUAAAUAGGUAUUAUGUUAGAAGUUGUAUUCAAAACACUUUCUCUGAAGUGGUUCUUGUUUAUCAUAAUGACAUACAUAAUUCAACAUUCAUUAUAAUCUUUGACGCUCCAAUUUAAAUCAUUGCAGGCUCACUAGCAUUUGCGCGCCAUUUUUCUUAAAAUCAUAAACAAGGUUCAUUUCGCAAUUAUGUGAAGGUCGCAAUCUCGUUUCUACUUUAACUUAGCACAUUUUUAUCAGUAUGUUGUAUUUUAUCGUGAUGUGUCGACAUUUAAAGUAAAAUUAAUAUUCGUUUUAUUUAUAUCAAAGAGAACAAGAACAUUUUUACUUUUGACUAUUAAGUAAAUAAUAAAUUAAGUAUAGAUUUAGUUAUUAAAAUUUAUUUAUAUUUUAAUGCUAGCUUUUAU